CGUUUCGAGAGUUGGGUUGUUCAAUCUGUGAGGAGGACAACAAUCCGCCGCAGCUUUCUGAGUGAACCGGAUGGAUGGAUCCUGACGAUGUCUCCUCCUGUUGGUGCUGGUGCUGACGGUGGAUGUGAGCGAUCGGCCUGAGGCUUGUUGCUGAUUUCAGAUGAUGUGACGCAACAGAUCUGAUCAAGAGAACUUCUUGUACAAAUGAGUUGCUGCUUCGCUGCAGGACGUGUGUCCUAUAACUAAGGCCACAUGUGCAUCUGGACAGAUGGAUCGCUGUAAGCACGUGGUUCGCCUUCGUCUGGGCCAAGACCAUUCCAUCCUCAAUCCACAGAAAUGGCACUGUGUGGAGUGCAGCACCACGGAUUCAGUGUGGGCCUGCCUCAAGUGCUCCCACGUUGCCUGUGGACGCUUCAUAGAGGAGCACUUCCUCAAACACUUUCAGGAGUCCCAACACCCACUGGCCAUGGAGGUGCGUGAGCUGGAUGUCUUCUGCUUCGCCUGUGGAGACUAUGUACUGAACGAUAACGCAGAGGGAGACCUCAAGCUCCUCAGAGGCGCUCUCUCUACCGUCCGGAGCCCAGGUAGGCGGUCGCUGCGCUCCUCCACCGGGGGGGACUGCGGCCCCUGGGUGUUGGAAGGUGGGCCGCAACCUGCCAUGCAGCUGGCCCUGCGCCACAGGAGGAAAGCGCUCCUAGGAAAGAUGCUUCAGACGUGGAUUAGAAAACACCAAGAGGUUCAGAACCAGCGCAAGGAGAAACUUGAGGAGGCCAGGAGACAAAAGAAGGAGGUGAAAAGGAAACUCCUGGAAGACCUCGGCAACAUUCCUCCCAGAAAGAGUGCCAGGCUUCUGACUCAGGCGCCACGUUCAACCAUGACACUCAUUCCUCGCAAAUUUCGCGAUCCCCCAGAACGCCUACCUCCACCUCCCAAGAAGCCUUCACUCCUCGCCCUGCCCCGCAGGGCGCCACAGAUCAGCAGAGCCGCUAAGUUGAGGAGGUACUACUCCACGCACGCGGUGACGCGGAGGAGGCACGCUCCAGGUGUCACCGGUCUGCGCAACUUGGGAAACACGUGCUACAUGAACUCAAUAUUGCAAGUGCUGAGCCACCUGCAGAAAUUCAGGGAGUGUUUUCUCACUUUGGACCUGUGUGAGACUGAGGAGCUGCUGGCCAAGACCAACCACUCCCAGGGCGUGAAGGGGGUGACUGGAGCGGUCGUCAACAGCGGCACCACGCCGCCACUGUCGGAGAACCCUCUGGGACGCAUGGGGAAGGCGGGGUGUUGGAAUUUGCCCGUGGGCAAAAAGGAGAGCGUCGCCCCAUCCCCGCAGGCUGCAGAACUGGUCCAGCCCAAAGAGCCUCGCUGCUCGACUCGCCAGCAAAUGUCUCUGUGUCACGAGUUGCAUACGCUAUUCAGGGUCAUGUGGUCGGGCCGGUGGACUCUCGUCUCUCCCUUCGCCAUGCUGCACUCCGUGUGGAACCUCAUCCCGGCGUUCCGCGGUUACGACCAGCAAGACGCCCAGGAGUUCCUGUGUGAGCUGCUGGACAAGGUGCAGCAGGAGCUGGACACGGAGGGGUCCAAGCGGCGGAUAGUCAUCCCCAUCACAAAGAGGAAGCUGUCCAAGCAAGUGCUGAAGGUUCUGAACACCAUCUUUCACGGGCAGCUGCUCAGCCAGGUGACGUGUCUGUCCUGUAAGCACAAGUCCAACACAGUGGAGCCGUUCUGGGAUUUAUCGCUGGAGUUUCCAGAGAGAUAUCACAGCAGGAACAAAGGCCCAGGCGCCACCGCUUACCAGCGCAGCUGCUCCCUCAUAGAGAUGCUGUCCAAGUUUACAGAGAUGGAGGCUCUUGAAGGCAACAUCUACGCCUGCAACCACUGCAACAAAAGAAGAAGAAAAUCAUCCCACAAACCCUUAGUUCUGUCAGAAGCACGUAAGCAGCUUCUGAUCUACCGCUUACCUCAGGUUUUACGGCUGCACCUCAAACGUUUCAGAUGGUCGGGCCGGAACCACAGGGAGAAAAUCGGCGUCCAUGUGGCCUUUGACCAGGUUCUGAACAUCAAACCGUACUGCUGCACAGACUCGGGUCACUCUGUCCACAGAGGAGGCUACACCUACGAUCUGUCGGCUGUGGUCAUGCAUCAUGGUAAAGGCUUCGGCUCAGGGCACUACACCGCAUACUGCUACAACACAGAAGGAGGUUUCUGGGUCCACUGUAACGACUCUGAGAUGAAGGUUUGCAGCGUGGAGGAAGUGUGCAACACUCAGGCCUAUAUUCUCUUCUACACCCAGAGGUCUGCCUAGGUACCUCUCUCGCUGUGACUUGUACUGAGGGCUGCAUUUGAGGCGACGGUGUCUGAAGCUUUCCCUGAUGUCACUUUGAAAGGGUUUGCCAAACGAGACGGUAACGAGGGCAAAGGGGAAGCCGACCGUACGGACGCAUGUCAGCAACUUAUCAUGGGAAAGUUCGUUUCUGUCAGUAGUUCAAUGCAAAGGGAUGAAACUCUUGUCAUAUUUAGAUUCAUUACAGAGUGAUAUUCAGUUCAUUUGAAUUAAAGCUGUUUUGAAACCUAAAAUUAGUUUCUCAAAAAAAAGAUUAUAUUACAUAAGAUCAGUUAAGUCAAGUUUAUUUACAUGGUGUAUUUAAGGAGCAAGGCAGUUCAUGAAUGCAUUACAUGAUAAAAAAAAACACAAAGAAGAAACUUUACAUUGGCAAACUAAAAAUAAUAAACUUGUAAUCCAGAGCAGAAUUAAUCCAUGUACCACUGAUUAUAAACACUAAGCAGGUUGUUUUCUAAUCUUGAUUUAAAGGAACUCAGUGUUUUUUUUGCAGUUUUCUGGAUGUUCGUAGAGGCUGAAUGCUGCUUCGCCAUGUUUGGUUCUGGUUCUGUUGAUGCAGAGCAGAUCAGAACUGUAAGGUAUUUUGGUGCUAAGACUUUCAGUGGUUUAUAAACUAACAGUACUUUAAAGUCUGUUCUCUGAGCUACUGGAGUUUAGGUGUGGGGUGAUUUUCUCCAUCUUCCUGGUUUUAGUCAGAACGCGAGCAGCAGCGUUCUGGAUCCGCUGCAACCCGUAAACACGCUGUUGUAAUAAUCAAUGCAACUAAAGUUAAAUCCAUGGAAGAGUGUCUUUUUAUCGUGUUGGGAGGUUAGUCUUUUAAUCCUGGAAACAUUCUUCAGGUGACAGGAGGCCGAUUGUAAUAAUGGGAAACUUCUAUGACUGUUUGCUGCAGGUGGGCUGUUAUCAUGUUGAUCAUGAUAAAUUUCUCAUCGUCACAAUAAUUUCCAAUUGAUGUUUGAAGAAAAAAACUGUCCAUACUGUUAGAAUUGUUAGCUUUACUUCUCUUCCACAGUUUGUUCAAUGAAAGUAUCAAUAACUAUCAAAAGAAUGAAAAUGCAUUUAAACGCAGUUACUGUGCACAGUUUAGCAACUCUAAUCCGACUUCUUCAUUCAAUGUUUUAAAAGAGCAGUGUUUGUAUUUUGGAGCUCUGACUGCCAUGUCAUGCAGUUGCAGUUUAUACAAUAAC